AUGGCCAGACCCUCAGGCUCAGCCUCUGGCCCGGCUGAACCGGAGGGAGAGACGCGCCCGCAGCCAGCGCACUGGCCCUUGAUUGGCUGGGGCGCGGCGGAGCGCGGCUCCGAUUGGCUGGGCCGUCUGCCGCGCCGCGCGUGGCCUCCCACCGAGGAACCGGACUGCCGCGGGAGGCGCGCGCCAGGCACGGGAGCGGUGGCAGCCAAGCUGGCGGAGCGGCUUCCCCGCUCCCGCUCGCACCCGCGGCUCGCCCGCGUCCGUGCCCACUCGCGGCGGGGCCGGGCCCGCGCGUCGCUGUCGCUGACCCCGCCGCCCGCGCCGUCCCUGCCCCACCCGCCGCUGCCUGGCCUGCCGCCGGGCCUGAGCCCGGGGCCGCCGCCGCUCUCGGCGCUCGCCCUGGCCGAGCUGCCGCCGCUGCCCGCGCUCCCACUGCGGCCCGAACCUCUGGCGCCCUGGGGCCCCGGCGCCCACCUGGCGCUGCCGGAGCUGCCACCCGAGGCCUGUGCACCCGCGCCGCCCGCCGCCGCGCUCGCCCUGCAGCACCUGCCGCGCCUGCCCGCGCCCGCGCCGCCGCCCGCGCACCUGCCGCUGCCGCCGCUGCCGGAGGCCGCCGUAGCCGCCACGCCCGGGCCCGUGGGCGCGCGCGGCCGCCCACCCCUGGUCGCCGAGCCGCCCCCGCUGCCGCUGCCGCCGCUGCCUGCACGGCCCUCGUCCUUCAGCCUGCUGGCGCUGCCCGCGCCCCGCGACCCCUGGCCGCUGCCCGUCUUCCCCCCGCCCCUGCCGCCGCCGCCACCGCCGCCUUACUUCUUCCUGUCGCCACCCUGCUGACCGCCCGGCCCUCCCAGAGGCCGCCGACGCGGAGGGGCUGCGGGCCGCUAUCCUACAGAAGGUCUCCUGCCUGGUUAUUUGAGAAUGUAAUUCAUCCCCCGUGCUGAUAAGCUGGCUGGUGAUCUGGGCAGGUGGGGCUGGGGAGCCCACAGCACGUGGCUGAGGAAAUGAAAACAAAAGUUUAAAAUGUUCUAACUAGGGUACCCCAAAAGUCUCAUUUUCCCUUAUAAAAUAAAGGAUUUGGAUGUCAUGCCCAAGA